CCCUGCUAUGCCAGUGUUUUCAGAGGAGGGAAAAAAAGUAUAAAAAAAUAAAAACUACGCCCGCGUCAGAGCUCUGGCUGGCAGUAUAAAAGGAGCGGGGCCCGCAGUGGCAGCAGCUCAGAGCUAAGCGGGAGUCGAAGGGAAGUGUAAGGAGCCGCAGCCAUGAGUUCCCUCAACCACAACCCGUACUUCUCCUCCUCGUACCAGCGUCGCUAUGACAGCAGCUCCCGGGCCGCCCCGCGGAGCACCGCGGUGACCCGCACGGUGUACUCCGGCCACUCCCCGGCGCUCUUCUCCUCCGGGACAUCCCGGCUGCACUACCCCUCCCACGGCCGCACCUUCAUCUCCUCCUCCGCCUCCUCCCUCCUGAUGUCGGCGCCCAGCCCCAUGGCCGUGGAGAUGGACCUGAGCCAGGCGGCGCAGGUGAGCUCGGAGUUCAAGGCGGUGCGGACGCAGGAGAAGGCGCAGCUGCAGGAGCUGAACGACCGCUUCGCCAGCUUCAUCGAGCGCGUGCGCGAGCUGGAGCAGCAGAACAAGGUGCUGGAGGCGGAGCUGCUGGUGCUGCGGCAGAGGCACGGCGAGCCGUCCCGCCUCAAGGCGCUCUACGAGCAGGAGCUGCGCGAGCUGCGGGCCGCUGUGGAGGAGGCGCGGGGCGAGAAGCAGGCCGCCCUCAGCCAGCGCGACCGCCUGGAGGAGGCUCUGCGGAGCCUGCAGGCCCGCUACGAGGAGGAGGUGCUGGGCCGGGAGAACGCCGAGGGCCGGCUGAUGGAGGCCCGGAAGGAGGCGGACGAGGCGGCGCUGGCCCGCGCCGAGCUGGAGAAGCGCGUGGACGCCCUGCUGGACGAGCUGGCCUUCCUCAAGAGGCUCCACGAGGGCGAGAUCUCCGAGCUGCAGGCCCAGGUGCAGUACAGCGCCCAGGUCUCCGUGGAGAUGGAGGUGGCCAAGCCCGACCUCUCCAGUGCCCUGCGUGACAUCCGCGCCCAGUACGAGCGGCUGGCGGCCCGCAACCUGCAGUCAGCCGAGGACUGGUUCCGCAGCAAGGUGGGCGUGCUGACCGAGAGCGCCGCCCACCACACCGACGCCAUCCGCAGCUCCCGCGACGAGGUCGGCGAGUACCGCCGCCAGCUGCAGGCCUGCAUCCUGGAGAUCGACGCCUGCAGGGGCAUCAACCAGGCCCUGGAGAAGCAGCUGCAGGAGAUGGAGGACAAGCAGAGUGCUGAGAUCGCUGCCCUGCAGGACACCAUUGGCCAGCUGGAGAACGAGCUGAGGGCCACCAAGUCUGAAAUGGCCCGAUACCUGAAGGAGUACCAGGACCUCCUCAACGUGAAGAUGGCCUUGGACAUUGAGAUCGCUGCGUACAGGAAGCUGCUGGAAGGGGAGGAGACUCGCUUCAGUGUGGGAGUGGCAGGGGGCGUGUCCAGCGUCUACUCCCACAGCAUAUCCGCUGGCCCCGCCUUCAGCCGGCCCAUGUUCACCAGCCUCAGCUCUAGCGCCCCCUACCUGCUGAGCUCUCGCCUGCUCAGCUCCUCGUUCGCGGCAGAUGAGGUGAUCGCCGCCACCCAGGCUCAGAGGGCCGAGGCCACCCUGGCGCAGGAGGAGGAAGUGGAGGAGGAGAAGGAGGAGGAAGCACAGGAAGCAGAGGAGGAAGAAGAAAAGGAGGAAGAGGGAGAGAAAGAGGAGGCUGAGGAAGAGGGUGAGAAAGAAGGAGAGGAGGAGGAAGGAGAGAAGGAGGCAGAAGAGGAAGAGGGAGAGAAAGAGGCAGAGGCAGAAGAGAAGGAGGGAGAGGCAGAAGAGGCAGAGAAAGAGGGAGAGGCAGAGGAAGGAGAGAAGGAGGGAGAGGAGGAGGCUGAGCAGAAAGAUGGAGAGGAGGAAGAGGGCGGUAAGGAGGGAGAGGAAGAGGCAGCGGCAGAAGGAGCUGAAAAAGAGGAGGAGAAAGAGGGAGAAGCUGAGGAGGGAAAGAAAGAGGGAGAAGGAGAAGAGGAGGGAGGGGAAGGAGAGCAGGAGGCAGGUGGUGAGGUAGUGACUGAGACAGCAGAAAAGAAAGAGGAGGUAAAAGGGAAGGAAGCGGCUGAAGAGAAGCAGGUAGAAGAAAAGAAGAAGGAAGAAAAGGUUGAAAAAGAAAAGGAAAAAGAAAAGGAAAAGGAAAAGGAGAAAGAAAAACCAAAGGAGACAAAGAAGGAAUGAGCCCAAAACCAGAUCCUGCACAAACCGAAAGACGAACAACAUAUCUCUCGGACAGGGCAAAGGAACGUAAUUAAAAUGGUGUGUGCUAAAUAUCAAGGUGCUUUACUCAGAAACAGUACAAUGUAUCAAAACAGCCGCAAAAUAUAAUCGCUUGCCAGGACGCUGAACCGCUACAAACUCAGAGAAGGAGAACGUACCAAAGUACGCAUGGUCCAAAGCUCUGUGUGCAUGUGUGUGUGAGCGCGAGUGUUUGUACAUGUCUGAACCUUGUGUCCGACCGCUGCCUGUUAGAGGAAUAAAAACAUUCAAUUUUUCAGUGCAUCAGGAGAAAAGAGGGAGUUGAAACGUAACCUAUGAUGCCUGCACGAAGUGUCUUUGCUGUACUGAUUCAAAAUAAAGAGCACAC